AUGCCGCCAGCAAGAGGAGGACGAGGUGGUGGGCGCGGAGGUUCGCGCGGAGGUGCCUUCAAUCCCGCGCGAGGAACCGUGACGAUUGCGGGAACGGAGCUCAACUGGGAUCUUACUGGCCUCGACAUUCAGAAGGGCCCUGCCGAGCGCUUUCCAGAAGCACCACCUCCCCAAGCGCCUCCACCAACCGACGAUGAGCUAGCUAUGGUAAAGCACCACCUCGCAGUCCGGGACCGCAUCCACGAAGGCCCCUUCUACACGAUCCUCAAUGACGGCAUGAAAAACGGCCUGAAGCGCAAGGCCAACGAGCCCGCCCCCACCGAAGCCUCGCUCUUCGACCCCUUCACCGGCAACCAGACCUACUCCGCGAAAUACCUAAAAGUGCGCCGGCGCCUCCCAAAACUAGACGCGCGACCAUAUGUCAUCGACCUUUUCCCCACCGAACUCCGCACAACCCUCACCGGCACCACCACCUCCACCUCCAACACCAAAAAGCCCGCCCGCCGCACCCUCGCCGUAACAAAAGUAAGCAGCGUCUCCCAAAUCGAGCGCUUGAUAAAAUCCGAACAAGAGCGCACCAACGAAGCCGAAGCGCGCGCCGAAGAAGACGACGACGAAGCCGAAGCCGAAGACGACGAGAUCGACGAGGAGAAGCCUGAUGCGGUUGAUGAGGAGGAUAAUUGGAGCGCCGCCAGUACGGAUUCGGAGGAGAGCGACGAUGAUUAUAAUGCCGAGCAGUACUUUGAUAAUGGCGAGGAUGAGGAUAUUGAUGAUGCGGAUCCGUAUGAGAAUACUUAUGAGUAG